GCCGGGCGCACAGGCGACACGCGCAGGUCGUCUCAGCCUCAAAUGAGUACCUGUUGUGAUGUGAGAAGAGCGCGAGGCAGAUCAAGGCAGCCGGGCGUGGUGCUGGCCACCCACCCCAUCGUGUUAAGGCUACACGGAGGAUCUUUGUGCUGCCAUGGGAGGGGUCCCGCUGGUUGUGGGGGGCCCAGCCCCCCCUCGCUGGCCGCUCAUCUGGGUUGCCUUGGUGACGUGGGGGCCGUGCACCUGGGGCCACGAGCGCGGGGUCCGUGAUGACACGUUCGCCGUCCCCCGCUCCACCAUCCCGCACCACGCUCUGGGCAGCGCUGUCCGCCGCGUGGCUGUGCGCGUGGGGGGAGGCGGGGCACUGGCGCUUUCUCCGGAUGGGGCGACGCUCCUCGUUGGCGCUUGCGAGGGCCUCGUCGUACUCAACGCUCACCAGCUUGACCGCCAGCCCCGCACGAUUGUGUGGAAUGCCACGACUGCCAGCAAAGAGGAGUGCAUAAGGAAAGGGAGACACCCUGAGAAGGAGUGCCUUAACUUUGUGCGCGUGCUGCACUUCGUGAACGCGUCCCACCUGUACACAUGCGGCACGCACGCCUUCGACCCCCAGUGUACAUACGUGGAUAUGCGCUCACUGCAGCUGCUGUUGCCCACGGAGACGGGCCGGGGCCGGUGUCCUUACCACCCGACGCAGCCCUUCUCGUCGCUCAUGAACGACGGAGACCUGUACACAGCGACUGUGAGUAACUUCCUCGGCUCGGAGUCGGUGAUCGCUCGCUCUAUGGGGUCGCGACCCCACCUCAAGACUGAGCCACUUUCCAGCUGGCUCAACGAACCCACUUUUGCUGGAUCGGCGUUUGUGAGAGAAGACGAUGACGGUGGUGCCGAUGGCGGAGAUGGUGACAAUGGCGAUGAGGACGACGAUGACGACGAGGACGACGAUAAGAUUUACUUCUUCUUCAGUGAAACGGCCAAGGAGUACGACUUCUACACGCGGCCUAGAGUGGCACGUGUGGCACGCGUGUGCAAGGGAGACGUGGGUGGACUCCGCACGCUGCAGCGCCGCUGGACUAGUUUCCUGAAAUCGCACCUGGAGUGCGGCGCCACCCCCCACACCCCACCCCACCUCCUCUCCCAAGUGCGGGGGGCUCAGCUGUCACGGGGGGCCCUCUACCUGCUUCUCACUGGGGGGCCCACCUCCCGGCUCUCCGCCGUGUGUGUGUACCGCAUGGCGGAUGUGAGAGCCGCAUUCCGCGGCUCCUACCGUCACCACGACGACGGCACGCGCAAGUGGAUCACCUACCCUCGCAGCGGCGUGCCCGACCCCCGGCCUGGAGCGUGUGUGAGCGCAGGUGUGCGGGCCCGCGGCUUCCUGCGCUCCUCCUCUCUCCCCGACCGCACGCUCUCAUUUGCGCUGGAGCACCCCCUCAUGUUCAGCUCAGUUCGGCCCACCAACCCCGCCAGCCCUACCAACACCACCACCGCCGACUCCACCGCCGACUUUACCACUACCGCCGCGGCCAUCUUGGCUGUGCGUGGAGACUCGCUGGCGACCAUAGCGGUGACGCACGUGGAGGUCGCCACAGCAACAACGAAGGCGACAGCCUACCCCGUGCUUUACCUUGCCGGCGAACGAGGUGUGCUGUACAAGGCCGUCCUAAUUGGCUCGUUGUCACACAUCAUCGAGGAAACUCACCUAUUCCCCGAGCCCCAGCCAAUCAGCCGUCUGCUUCUCUCAGCCAAUCAGCGCACGGUGUUUGUGUUGGCCGAGGCCUCGUGCCUGCAGCUCCCAACCGCCUCGUGCUCGCGCCUCGCCUCCUGCGCUGACUGCAUCCUCGCUCGUGACCCGCACUGCGGCUGGGAUGCACGCACACGCACGUGCAGACACAUUCACAGUCACAGGGGAGGGCGGCUGCUGCAGAAUGUGGAGACGGGCAUCACGGCCAGGGUGUGCGAUGUCACUCGCACUGACACCACAGUUCCGCUGCACGACAUCCUUGUGUCCCCGUGGCUCCCGGCUAUCUUCCUCCCGUGCCCUCUGACCUCGAACCUGGCGCGCGCCACCUGGAUGCACGACCUCCGACCUUUGAUGCCGGGGCAGGACCCGCUCGGGGUCCCUACUGGGCAGGGCCCCGGCCAGGAGCCCCCCGGCCCGCCCCCCACGCCGUCCCCACGCCGCCUGGUGGUGGCGUCGGACCUGGAGCCCCAUCCAGGGGUACGCGCGGUGGGGGGGUCGCCCCUCAACCGGGGCCCCUUGCCCGAAGCUCCCCUCCCCGCGGGUCCCCUGGCGGCGACCUCGGCCCGGGCGACCCCCCGCUGGGUCCCCGUGGCCCCCUGGGAGGGUCCUCCGGGGCUGCUGGUGUUCACGGACGGAGGAGGGGCGGAGCUGUCGCGCGUGGCCGGCGAGUACCGCUGCUGGGAGGAGGAGGGGGAUGCGCGGCGUGCCGUGGCGGCGUUCCGCCUCGUGGCGGGGGCCGCUGGAGGCCCCGCCGGAUCUCCCGCCGCGUCCUGCAGGGUCCAGUGUGCCGUGUACCUGCCCGGGUGGCUGCUCAUGGCUGCGGCGGUGACUGUCCUGGCGGCCUCUACACUUUACGUGCACCGGCGGAGAGACCGGGAGAGUGGGGAGGGGAAGGAGAACGGAGCACCAGGAGUGUCCAACGGAAACAUCUCUCACACUCCCAGUGAAGCGCACGUCAUACAAUCGGACACAUCCGUGAAGAGCAGCGACACGCACAUAGACACGCGUCAACAUGCACGUACAGACACAACCACAGAUGAUACCCGUCAACACACACAUACAGAGACAGUACCUGGCACGGAGACACACACACAAACACAGACAUGCACGCAGUGACCACACACAAACACAGACACCCACAAAUGCCCGCAGACUCACACAAACAUGGAAUGGCUCUGACGUCCAGCUAUGUAGCUUUACCUGGGCCUGCCCAACAUCAUUAUGGUAACAGUGGCUGUGAGUUACAGGCUGUUAUGGGCUCUCCUCCCUUUCUACAGCAGGGGAGGAAUGGUUCUAAUGGGGGGAUUACGCCCCCACUGAAGAUGAACAUCAGUAGAGGGAUGCAGACAAGGCUUAUGAGUCUUUGACCUCUUGUCAGGGGAUGACUAAAGUGACCCCUUGGGAUAGAGUCAUCCAAUAUAUUGUUCUGGGAUCGGCACAUCCAGACAUUAAGAACUAGUGACGAGACAGCAAAUGCGGAUCUUGAUACCAGGACCUACUGUGGAGCUGAUCUGUCCACUGACCAUCGGCUUUUCAUCUGGAAGAUGCGCCUGCCAUUAUUCCACUUAUGUGGUGGGCGUCCACCUAGGACCUCAUUCAAACCCACAGUAGCCUGGUCGAGUCUAGCUGACGAAAGUUGCAGGUGAGAAUUCGAUCAUUGGUUGUGGCUGAGGUUGACAUCGUCCCCCCCUAAUAUUAAAAGGAAAUGGGUGAGGUUCAGGACUGUGGCUCAUGCAGCUUAUUUGGCUGCAUUGGGUAUACAGUCCAAACACUCCCAAAACUGUCUAAUGGAGGAGAUGGUCCAUCUAGUUGAGAAAAAGCAGCAGCCCACUUUUACCAUCUAUAACAGCCCGUAGGCUUUGCUCGGAGGUUCACAGAGCCAUAUGGCACUACAGGGAUAAGUGGUGGUUUCGAGUUGCUGAGAAGAUGGAACAUGCCUCAGCAGAGAUGGAAUUCCGCGACCACAAAUCACUCUUCAACAUCUUUACACACACACUGAUACUGACACAAAGGUAAACGAUACCAUUUUUAUUCCUUUAGCGUGUAAAUGCAAUUGCAUCUCUAGAAAUUGUCUAGAGGCAGUGGAACUUGGGCAUCUUGGUGAAAGGAGACUUAUUUAUUUAUUUAACUUCUAUAGAAAAAGGGGCAGCCAGUGUUUGGGAGAGGAAACGAGGACGGCCUUAAGCCACGGCAGCACGGGAUGGCUGGGGAAGGGAGUUUCAGACUUGGAGGCAGCACAGGAGAAUAAGUGACCUGCCACUGAGCGACAAUUCACUGGGGGCUUCGAUGGAAAUACUUGGUUACUGGAACAGAGUGCGUGGAGGGGAGUAGAGUGAGAUGAGAGGGGAGAGGUGGGAUAGCACAUGGAGGGGAGUAGAGUGAAUUGAGAGGGGAGAGGUAGGAGAGAGGGUGGAGGGGAGUAGAGUGAGAUAAAAGGUAGAGAGUGCAUAGAGGGGAGCAGAGUGAGUGGAGGGGUAGGGAGAGUCGAGUCGAUUAAGGUUCUUGAAGACGGUGAGUGUAAUCUUGAAGUUGAUUCAGGAUUGGAUUGGGAACCAGUGGAGGUAGCGGAGUAUUGGGAGAUGUGCUCUGAUUUAUAGGUGCGGGUGAGGAGUCUGUUGGACAUUUUAAUCACGCGUAGGUGGUAGAUGAGCCAUUUGGGUUGGUAAGUGUGCCGCAGACCCCUACGCCAUUGUGGGAGUGCUCAAGGAUGACCGCCUCGUCUAUGGUAUCAAAAGGAGCCGAAAUAUUUUAGGAGAAUUCGGAGCAAGAGGGAUCCACGGUGUUAGCAAAGAAUUAGCUCACUGACCAGACGUCGGAGAGCAGUGUCAGUCGAAUGGAGUGGGGUUGUGGAGAUCACAGAGAGGAGGGAGAAGAUGCCCCUGUGUAGGACGUCUCUGAGGAAGGGGAGGUUGGAAAUUGGAUGGAAAUGUUCUGGAAUGUCGGGGCCCAAAGUGGAUUUUGUCGUGGAUGGGAGUGACAGCAGCAGUCUUGAGAGCUAAGGGAACGGUCCCGGAUGAGAUGGGAGCAUUGACGAGGCCGGUAAAUGAUGGGGUGGGGGUGAGUAGAGGUAGUGAACGGUGAAUUAGGAGGGCAAACAAAGAGGAUAUAUCAUUGUAGCGAUGUUUAUGGUGACAGGCUGAAGGAUGUUGAGGUUAGGUCGAGGGAAGACGCAAGGACAGGCAAUCUGAUGAGAAGAGUCAGACACUAGAGUUAUGUUUGUGAUGUUUUCAAACAUUUGAGAGAAAUAGGAGAGUUGCAAAAAUAAAGAUACUCCGAACAGCCUUAGCAGACUGUCAGGGCAAGUGCUGUUAGCGAGCACCAAUGAAGGCUGGCAAAGGCACACGAUGGAGUGGAUGGCCAGCACCACGCCCGGCCACAUCUGUCUCCCAAGUGCUGAUGUUUACACCGCACCUGGUACAAACUUUAGGCUGAGUCGACCUAGGAAGAGUUUGCGCACCACAUUGAAUGAGGCAUUCACUAUCUUUGCCAUCUAUUCUCACUCAUUUACACAAUGGUGACAGCGAGUCAGGGUGAAUGCAAGAGACUGGUGUAACCAUGUUCACUCUAUCUUGAUUUGAAGCUUUCGUGACUGCAGGAAUCCAUACUUUUUGUUUUUUUCGGUAAAGUCACUUAGGUAGAAAAUAAAAUAAAUCACGACGAUUCGGGCUCAACACAAGCGUCCGUCAUCAGGUGGGAAAGCAUGGUCUGCUGCUGAGGCAGACACGGACUUUACCGAUAGAACCAAAGAGCAUGUUCACUCUAUUUCACACUCAACACUAAUUCUCUCUCACUCAUUCGCUGGCACUCUUCACCAGGUCAAGCCCAUGCGUGCUUGAUUGCGUCCAGUUGUGCAUGUCUCGGGGCAGAAGGCAUGACUAUCGUUCA